AUGAGAAUUCAAGCUGAAAAGACCAAACUUAAAGCAAAGAAAAAGAAGGGAAGAAUUCCUAAUACUGCAAAGACAAUCUUAUCUGAUCUCAAUCCUAAUAUUGUUGUUGAUGAGAAUGCACCUAACAUCGAUCAAUUGGGAACUCUUGUCAAAGCAAUCGACUCAGAGGCAACCGAUUUGGAGAAGGUUUCAUCAAGGCAGUAUGAAACCAGAAAAGACAUGCAUAAUCAAGUUGAUUUGCCCCUCAUUGAUAUUUCUAAAUUUGAGUUCAACUUGGGGAAAGGGGAAGAAUUUAAUGAUCUUCACAAUAAUCCCAUGCUGACCAUUGUCAGAGAUGCCUGCAAGGAAUGGGGAUUCUUCUCUAUAGUGAAUCAUGGAGUUUCAAUAGAUCUACUCCAACAAGUCGAGUCCCUAGCAAGAGAUCUAUGUUCAAUGCCUGCAAAAGUUAAAGAAAAGGCUGCCACCUCUAACCCUGCGGAAAGUUACGUUAUUAGAGAGUGGAUUGAGAGCUUCUGUUUCAUGGACAUGCCUCAUUCCAAUUCGUUGGAGGAAAUGUGUGACAAGAUCUGGCCCGAUGAAGUAAACUCAAAGUUCAGGGAGACAUUUCGAACAUAUGCCUUUUGUAUGGCUGAUCUUGCACGGAAGAUUACUAUUAUCAUUCUUUCUAGCCUGGGGUUGGACGUCAAAACUUUCUACCAUUGUGAUUUCAAGGAAUGCACAGCCAACAUGCGUAUAAACCAUUACUUCUCUCGCGGAAAAUCAAUGGAAGAUGAGAUCCUCACCUCUCAUACAGAUAUUGGGUGCUUUACGAUCCUUAACCAAGACAACGAAGGAGGGCUCCAGGUUAGAUCAAAACGAGGAAAGUGGCUCAACAUCAAACCCCGUCCAUACUCAUUUGUUGUCAAUGUUGCUGAUACUCUUAAGGCAUGGACUAAUGGCAGAUACAGAAGUGCUGAACAUCGAGUUGUUUACAAAGGGUGGAGAGAUCGCAUAUCAGUGCCCUACUUUGUUUACUUUCCCGAUGUUAAGCAAGUUUAUGCUCCAGCAGAACUUGUAGACAAUGACCAUCCACGACAUUACAAGCCUUUUACAGUCUCAGAACUCAAGCAAUGCUUUAGUAAAAAUUUCAAUUCCAAAGAAGAAAAGCCCUCUGAAUUGCUUGAUGUAUACGCAGACAUAUGA